AUGCCAGCUUCCGACGGGAGAGUGGCCUCGAGGUCUAGGGGGAAGACGAGUGCCGGGACUAGGGAAUCAACCAGCCAAAAGAAAUCCAGGCAAAAAUCAGCGGGGUCCAAGACGGCCCGGCCCUGGUCGGACUGGUACUUGGGUGAAGAUGGAGCGUAUUAUUGGCGGGCGAGGGUCUUGCGGAAGGGGGGUUGGGACUACCAAUUCAGCGCGGCAUAUGAGGAAUCUACCCCGGCUCAGGAGAGUGUGCAGGGAACUCAGGACAGCACUCUGGAGGGUACUCACGAGGGUACUCACGAGAACACCCAGGAAUAUGUCCACUACAUCCCGGAACACACCCAGGAAUAUGUCGUCCACCACAACCCCCUAAACAACAAUACCCCAGCAACAAUACACAGCAGUGAUCAUCCCACAUCCACCCCCCUCCCCAUAAUCCCCGAAAUCAUCCUCAACCCCGCCCCCGACGAAAAUGACCGCCCCUCAACCCCCCCCUCCUCCCACUCCCCCGAAAACGCCCCUGCCGGCAACCCAACCCACCAUCUCUACCCCAGCCACAGCCCCAGUCUCAGUCCCACCCCCAGUUUCAUCCAGAGCGUAUCCUCUCCUAAAUCCUCCUGGCCUACCAUCUUGACAACCUCCACCGGCCAUCCGACCGAGGGGUUGUCGGUGUCUAGUGGGAGGACGUUGACUACAAUUCUGCAGGAGGUGGAUGAGGAGGAUGAAGACCAGGAAGGUGGGGAGAUCCCACCCGGUAACUCAGCAAAAGGCCCGUUUGUCAUGUCCGGCGGUAACGGGCCCGGUCCCGGUAACAGACCCGGCCACGGCCCGGGUGUCAACUCAGGUAAUACCGAGCCCGAACCCGGGUUAGCGACAGAACAAUCUCAGUCCCAGCAGCAGCAUCAGGGAAACCAAAGUACGAGCGGUAGUAAAAAGUCGGGACCUUCGAAACGGCCUAUGGGCCCUGUCAUGCGGUUGAUUAUGGAGAGUCGGGCAAGGAAGGCACAGGCGAAGGCGGCUGCUGUGGCUGCGGCGGAGGCUGCGGCUGUUGUUGAAGCUGUUAGGAUGGAGGGGAUGGGAGGGGGGUUGGGAAUGGAAGGGGGGCUGAGAGAUGUUGGGGGAGUGGGAGAGGGUGAAGGGGGGAUUGUGGGGGACGGUGGUGUGUAUGUCGCAGAGGGGGGCGCGUUUAUGGGUUACUCGGGGGGUGUGGAUGGUAUCAACACCACUAAUAUCAACAUCAACACCAACUACGGCGUAGAAAUAGGGGCUGAAUCAGGAGGCGUACAUCUAGGAGCAUCAAACCCAACACCAAACACCAACCUCAACACGGGAAACCCCCUUGGAACCCCCCCAGGAAACAACACAGGCAACCCCCCCGGAAAACCUCCAGCAGCAAAAGGCAAAACCCCAGGGAAACCCCCAGCCAAGAGCAAAGCCCAAGUGGCGAUGGCCAAGAAGCUGCACGCCAAAGUGCGGUCGGAAAAGGCGAUGCGGGUGGACACCAAGACCCGGGUCAAGACGUGGUUGAAGAAGGUGGAAGUGGACUGGACGCCGAUUGCGUUGGAUGAGCAGGGGUUUCCUAUUUAUUAG